AUGAUAUCUUCAGGUGUUUAUAAACAUAAAAACAGUCUUUCUCCUUAAGAAAACCCCAUUUCAUUAUAAAAUUCACCAGUUAAAAUGCAAAAUAAACAUAGUAAUCAUGUAAGAGAUAGCAAAUCUGUAAACACAAGUAUCGAAGCUAAAAAGAAAGAAGUAUCACAAAACAUUAAGAAGUAAUCAAAGCAAGCUCUAAAUAAAAUAUUGUACAAUCCAAAUAGCGAUGAUAAAAAUUUAGGGAUGUAUCAUAAUAACCAUUCUAGGAAUUAGCUUGAAGAUAUGAUUUAGCAACAAUAAAAUUAUUAUUCAAAUCAUUAACCAUAAUAGGCAUAAUAUGGAAAUUAAAUUUAAAACAACUCAAGUGCUUUGAUAAAUAGGAAAUAAGAGAAUAUUAAUACACAUGCUAGUCAUAAUAAUGAUUCAAGCAAUAUUUAUUAAACUCCGCCAAGGACUAAAAUAUUGAAUUAUAGCAAUUGGGAGCCAAAUAUUGAUAGCACUCUACCAUAUAUUCAUUAAAACAUUAAUCAUUAAUCUUAGAAACAUUAAUAAUUGCUUUAGCUGUAGACAACUUAAAAAAAGCAAUAGAAUUCAUAAAAUCGCACUAAUUCCUAAAAAACAAAGAAAAAAGAAGAUAUACUUGCACCUUACAUUUAUGGAAACAACCCUUUUAAAAAUCCCUAAUAGGGUGCUACUUUGAGUGGAGGAUUUAGAUAUCAACCACCUCCAUUUGUAAGUACUAUUAAAAAGUAAGUAAAAAAAAGCAAAAAUAGCUAAAACUAAUAUAACGCUAAUCCUUCUCUUUCUGAAAAUGAAGCUGACGAUGAUGUAAAUGUUACUUAUCAUCACCCUAGCCGUAAUAGAAAUAAUUUAGAUAAUCCUCUCUAGCAACCUUAAAAUAUAUUGGAUUAAAUUUUUUAACCUUAAAACUAAAAUGUCAAUAAUACUAUGAAAACAACAAAUUAAGAAAAAACCAAUGAUAUUGUUAAAACAAGAGCUUCAGCUUCUUUUAACAGUGACCCUUCUCGUGACUUAACAGCAUUAACUGAUAGUGAAGCAAAUGAUUAAACUUCCUAAAGUAGAUAUUAUAGAAAGAAGUAUACUGUUAAAAGGCGUGCAAAAGAAGAAGAGUAAUCUAAAUAAUUAUAAGGCUUUUCUUCAAAUAGUAGAUAAGCUACUAACAAUUAUUACCACAAUAAGUAAGAGGAUAUUGAUAAAAAAAAAGAUUAACCUAGCACUACUUUGAGAAACAAUUGGAGCUAAUACGAAAAUAGCCAAAAAUAAGAUAAUAAUGACAAGUAAUAUCUAACAUAAUAUUCGAAUACCAUGAAUCAAUAACAAAUUUAGGGAUAGCAUAAUAUACUAAGCGAAGAUUCCAGAUAACAUUCAACUAGCGUUAAUGGAGGAAUAAAUCCCUACUUAAGAGUAAGUCAUUAGUCUUAUGAUUCCAUAGCUAAUUAAAUUUUAAGUACUAUCCCUAAAUCUUCCCAUUCUACCAAUGCUAAAUUAAUAGAGAAUUUUUACAAUAAAGGCGAUAAUUCUUAUGUUGCGAAGUAAACUGAAUUAUCAGAUACUUCUUUGCCAUAAAUAUAAUUUGUUAAUACAUAAUCAGACUAACAGAAAAUACAUGGUGAUAGCUUAUCUUAGCAAUAUGAUCGUUCUAUAUUGAAUACAUUCAACUUAGAUAAAACAAUUAAAUAAAACUCGUAGAUUCAUACGUAAGAAAAGUGUGAAGAUGAUGGAAAAGCUCUUUCUUCAGUUCCCUCAAAACCGAGCUAUGAGUAUAAUAUAAAUGAAAUAGGUUCAGAUAAAAAUGGAAGAAGGGUAGGAGAAUUUUUGCCCAUAACAAACCAAAGAAAUGAUAAAAAAAGUAGAAGAAAAGAAAGAUCAAAUUCAUAUCGCAUGCAGCACCUUGAAUAAAAAGAAAGCUAAUUGAUAAAUAUGGCUUACAGAGAAAAUGAGUUUGGAAAUAAAAUGCAAACAAAAAAAUCUCAUGUAGCAACGUUUCAUGAAGGAAACCAGCUUCUACCUCAUCAAAACAUAAUACUUAAUAGCAGGAUGAAUGAAAUAAAGAAACAAAUAUAAGUUAAAGACAUAUAAAGAUUGGACAUUAACAUUGAUUUAAUUGAAAAGUAGAAAGAAAAUAAGAUCGUGAUAAAAUAAUAAGUUAAUGGUUAGACUAGCCAUCCUUAGAGCUAACUAAGUAAUCAUGUUAACACACAUUAAUCAAGAAGAACUAAAAAAACAUCUAGUGCUCUUGAAAAUGGAAUUUAUUUAUAUAAUAACGACUUUGAAUUUGAAGAAGAAGCAAGUCAGUAUUAAUAACCAAAAUAAUAAGGUUCUGCUGAAGUUUAAAAGGUUUCUGAAUAUCAAAAUAACUCAAAUAUUAUUUAGAAUUAAGUUGUGAAAGGCUAAUAAAAAGAAAAUAAUCAUAAUGUUUCUAGUUUACUAGCUAAGGAUAAUAGAGAGAAUGAAUUAGUUAACAACAGUGAUAUUAGCACAAAUAUAUCUUCUCCAAAUCCCUCCAUAUUAAAUGAAAUGAAUGAUAGAAAGAACAAUCAACAUGCAAACGAACCUCAUACAAGACAUAAAUUAGCUGAAAAAAGUCACUCAGUUAUGCCUCAUAGUUAAAAAAUUGACAAUAAUUUAGCAAAUGAAAGUUUUUUGAUGAACAAAGAUUCUCAUCACACAAAACACGAUUAAAAAAACACAAACAAUAGCCUUUCUCCAGACUCAUUUUUGAAAAAUGAAAGCAUGAUGAUAAAAUAAAAAUUAGCCAAGGCUUGUAUAAGAUUCUCGGUUUUAGGUGGAGGAGAAGUCAUAGAAGCCGAAGAUUUUUCUUUGAAAAGCAUAGAUUAAAAUGGCUAAUCCUUUAAUAAGUAUAGAAUUAACAUUAAAAAUGUUGUUGAAAUCGAAGACUAUAUGGAGUAAAUAUGCUAACAUUUAGCUAACCAAUCUUAUGAAUAUAUGAAUUCAGCUGAGCAGUUUAUUAUUAUGAUUAAUGAAGAUCCUCAGUACAACAUAAACCAAGUUUAUAGAUUUUUCAGUGAUGAAAAGUUAUCUAGAGUUGGCAAAGUUUUAACAGUGCUGGAGCUUAUAUCUGUCUAUUUGAUAAUUAAAAUAGGAAGAACUAAAAAAACUUCAAUCAGAUAGUACUAUCCUAAAAUGAAAAGUCUUUUGACAUACACUCAUUAAAGCUUUUUACUUUUUUGGGACCAAAUAUACUUGAUGUUCUCAUAAAACAUAGAAGAUAAGGAUUGCUUAGAAAGACUAAGAGAACGUAUAGAGGAGAAAAGACAAGUCAAGUUAGGAAAUAAAAAAUCAUCUUACCUUUAAUUAAAAUAGAAUUAUGAUAUUAUUUGUAAUCUCAUAAAGCCAUUAAUUAAAGAAAUAAAAGAAAUAAGUUAAGAUUUAGCUAAGUUAUUUAAGGUAUUUGAAGAUCAAACAAUUGUAGAAACCUUUAAUACAGUAAAGUAAAUCUUUGGUGAAGAUUUGAUUUAAAAUGAGAGCAGUCUUAAGGAAUAAGAAAAUGAUUAAAAGUAAAACAAUACAGGAAAACCAAUUAAUCAAACUAAUAAGAGAGUUAGAAACGUUAAGCCUUUCUUACCAUAAUUAGACACAAGCUAAAAAACAUUAACUCUUGUAUUAGAUUUAGAUGAAACUCUCAUUCACUUUUAUGAAACUCGUAAUGGCGGUUAAUAUCAAAAGAGACCUUUUUGUGAUAAGUUUUUAAGAGAAAUGAGUAAGCUAUAUGAAUUGGUGAUAUUUACUGCUGGAACAGAAGACUAUGCAAAUUGGGUUUUGGAUUCAUUGGAUAAAAACAAGUUCAUUUCAUAUAGAUUAUAUAGGUAGCAUACAAACUUUACAAACUGUGUUUAUGUGAAAGAUCUAAGUAAAAUAGGUAGGGAUUUAUCUAAAACAAUAAUUGUUGACAAUGUGCCCGAGAAUUUUAGGUUGCAAAGAGAAAAUGGAAUUGGAAUUAAAAGCUGGUAUAACGAUAGAAAUGACACUGCUCUAAACGAUAUAAUACCUGUACUCACAGAAUUAGCCUAAUAAAAUCCAGAAGAUGUUAGAAUAGCUUUAAAAAAGCUCCGCUAGAAGUAUCCACCUCAUAAGGUGAGAGGAAAUUUUGAUCUUCCAUAUUGA